AUGGCAUCGUCUUUUAUAAAUUCUGAUAAAAAAACAUCAAUCAAUCUGUCAAAGAAUAAUACGAAAAAGGAGAUAUCAGAAUUUAACAUGUGCCCAUAUAAACUACAUUACUCUUUUGGCUUUAAUCCAAACGUCCCUAUAAUAAAUUUAACGACUAAAAAUCGAACAUUAAUUGCGUUCGCUUCUUCACAUAUUGCAAUGAUAUAUGAUUAUAGCUCUAAUGAAAUGUUACCUCUUCAAGGUCAUAAAACUGCUGUUAGAACACUGUCAAGUUCGAACGAUGGUAAAUGGCUAUUGACGGCGGAUUUUGAAAAGGAUUGUGCGGUAAUUAUUUGGGAUACCGAAAUCAAGAUGCCUAUUUGUACUUUAUUCGAGCCUCACGGUAUAAAUGGCUUGACAGCAGCACGUAUCAGUCCAAAUGCAAAGUACAUUGUUACCGUUGGCAAUGAAAAAUUACAAAAAGUUUAUUUUUGGUUGUGGACAUACGGAAGAGAUAAACCAGAUGAUACAUUUGCGUUUUUAGCGAUCGCUGAAUUAUCGGAAAUACAUUUGGAUAGAGUUAAAGAGAUCAGUUUCGACAAUGACUUUCCAAAACGAUUUGCUUUGACUACUGAUCAUCACGAUCAAGAUGAACUUAGUUAUUAUCGGCCGAAAAUAACUGGAAAAUAUGGUCAUUUUGGAAUUUUGAAUAGUUCUGUUUUUAUUACAAAAACGUCGAAUACGUUAACGGCGACAACUACCGGCUUUGUAUUAGUCUGGAGCCACGUUUACACCGUCGAGCAUACUGUAGAAGAUACAAACUUUAAAAAGAAACAUAUCAAAUCGAUAAAAUUACAAACUUGCAAUAUCACUGUAAUUCUCAAUUACGAAGGAAUGAUUGUUACUGGCAAUUCUAAUGGACGAAUUAAUUUUUACGAUAAUGAAUUAAAACUUUUGUAUUGGUGUCAAAAUCGUGAACUGGAAUGUAUUCGAUCGAUCAGUUUCGAUUUAUGCUCUAAAUUACUUGGCCCUGUAUACAUUAUCAGUGAAACAGAUAUCGAAUUGAGUGAUGGAAACAGCACGGACGAAUUAAAAAGCGAAAUAGAAUAUGAAUUUAUGGAAAAUUUUGUAAGCCAAGAAGAAAAUGAUACUUAUCAAGAUGUUAAAUAUUUGAAUGAUAAGAUGGAUAAAAAAUUGUCAUAUUUAACUGUAAAUAUAGAAUCUAUUCCAAAAUAUUACUACGACCAGAAAAAUUCAAUAUACGUAGCUACCGACGCGACCCUACAACGUUCUAGAUUCAUCGUUAGAAAUAGUUUUGUGUAUAUUGCAAAUUUAAAAUGCAAAUUCAUUUCGAAACAUUAUGCUGCUCAUAUAACGAGUUUAGAUGCACAUCCGGAAAGUACUUAUCUUAUCACGGGAAAUAGAGAGAGUAUUUUAAGUUUAUACGAUUAUGAGAAAUGUAGUUUGAUUAUAUCCAGAAAAGUUCCAGAUCUACCAAAUUUCGAAACGAUUUUUAAUGAUCAAACGAAAAAGAAUCAAAUAAUUUAUAUUAGCUGUCCACAAACGCAUGAAAGUUUGACUGCCAUUACUGCCCUCAAAUAUUCUCCAACAUCUGAUUUACUUAUCUGUGGUAUGGAAAAUGGUACUUUAUGGGUAUUACAUCCACUAACAUUGGAAUUAUUAGAUGAAUUUCCUUACAAACAUUCGUCUCAAUCUAUUCGUAUUGUUGCCUUUACCAAAUGUUCGACUUACAUGGCUUAUUCCGUUAAACAAGUGUUAUUUGGACCUUCUAUUGGAGACGAUUCAGUUCCUCGACUUUUCUCUUUAGGGGAGGAUAAAGAUCUUAUUGAAUAUGAUUUAAAAUUUAGUGGACCAUAUCCGGAUCCAGGAUUAAAAAUUUUACAGAUAGAUCGAAUUGAAUCAAAAGCUACUCCUCUGUACAUGGAAUGGUAUCCGCGAAUCGGAGUUGAGACUUUUUUUGUGAUAUCGAAUUCUGAAUACAAGUACAAAUUAUUAAAUGAUAUAAUAAGGAUGAUUCGUGGAACUUAUGUGAACGCAACAUUUGGAACGCCUGUACAACGUUUUAAAGUAUCUGACAUUAUGGGAUUUUCAUUGAUCAUAUCAUUAUAA